UAUUUCCUUCCCACUUCGAGUAAAACCGUGCGUGGUCGAUCUGUACACGGACGAUUACUCGGGAACAGGGGAGAGAACUUCGAUACUAGACGGCGCCAAUGUGCAGGACGGGGCAGCGUUGGGAAUUCACCUAACGGAAAAAAUCAACCACAUGCCUUACUUCUCGUUGGAAAACAUAGGAACCUCACCGCACGUCGUAGUCCGUAAUAACCUCAGCGAAAUGACGAUUGCCAAGGCAAAGUUUUUAUUUGAUUGUACAAACAUUCACAACAUUAAGAUUAAGAAGAAAGUUGGCCAUGGAGUAUCUAAACAAACAUUUCUCGGCGAGUACAAAGGAAUGCACGUGGCGGUGAAAAUGGUGACCCGCCAUCUUAAUGACGUCAGAACGUGUCUCGAUAAUCUUAAACGCCAGGCCAAAGAUUCCCCCAAAGACAAGGGGUUGUGUUACUUGAUGCCCACGAUGAAACUGAUGAAGGAAAUUCUGUUUCUGGAGCAGCUUGAUCACCCACAGCUCGUCAAGUUGUUAGGAUACUGUGUGAGAAGCGAGGAGAGCGACUCCACUGAUAUUUCCGAACAUGGCGUGGUCGCAGUUUACGAGUUCGGCCAUCGAUUUGUCAUCGACAGUUUGCAAAUUUUGCCGUGGCAGAAAAAGUUAGAACACGCCAUUGAUAUGGCUCAGCUGCUGGAUUAUUUGGAAUAUUCACCGCUAGGGUCGCUGGUGGUUCCAGAUUUUAAAGAAGGCCAUUUUCUAUUGGUUAAUUCCUCGCUCAAGAUAAUUGAUAUGGAUGACGUCAAUAAUUUAGAGCCUUCGUGUGGAUCUUACGACAUUUCCCGAAAUGCAUUGCAUCAAGAUGGUUGUGAGUUUGGAUUAAGCUGCAGACAGGCUAUGUGCAUUGGUUUUAACGCGAAAAUUAAUUUGAAAAAUAUGAACAAAUUAAUAUUCAAACGACUUUUAUACCCUGUGACGUUUCCAAAUAAUCUGGUAGACGAAAUGGGUCAGAUUAAUGCCAAAUUAGAUUCUUUGUCUAUAUCUGCAAGGGAACUUAGGACUUCACUUAAAGCUGUUCAUUCUAGAUACGUUUGAUCCAUAGAAUAUUGUGUUGUUUAAACUGGUUAUAUGUAGUGACAAAAUAGCAGAAAUAAUAAUAAUAAUAAUAAUCAUAAUAAUAUUAACAACAACAAUAAUAUAUUAUUAUUUUAUUAAUAAUUAUUAUAAUAA